AUGGCAACCGAAAAACCACAACCAAAACCUCCAUCAGUAUAUAUAGGAGCUCAAGUCAUUGAACCGCUUACUAUUGAAAAACAUAGCCAACGAUAAUUAUACUCUUAAACAAGUGAAAGAUAAUCAUGUCAAAGUGCAAGUUAACACCCCCGAAACCUAUAGAAAGUUUACGCUGGCAUUAAAAGAAAAGAAUGCAGACUUUUAUACCUACCAACUAAAGAAGAAUAGAAGCUACAAGGUAGUACUUAGAAAAAUGCAUCCUAGAACAAACAUCAGCUCAAUAAUUAAUGAAUUGAAAGAACUCAACCACCAGUUAACGAUAUAG